AUAAUUGCGGGACGACGUGGAGGGGGGAGCUUGGGCUGUGAUAGAUGAGUGACGGUGGACUGGUCACUGACGGCUGGUUGUACUGGCUGCGGGUGGCCUGCGCUAUCAGGAGCUUAUCCCGUUGCUUCCAUUCGCAUUCAUGGCAUCGGCGGUGGUGGUAACGAGCUGCGAGGUAGGUGAGGCGAUCGUCGCCGGUGGCGCUGUUAAUGUCGCCGCCACCGCUACCCCUGGUCUGGAGCAGAAGAAGUUCGAAUACUUCUCUUCUAUCAGUCCUAUGGCCCGAAGGAUCAUGCUGGAGAGGCAGAAAAUCCGCGAGAAGUACGGGCCGCGCUGGGACACGCUGGAGCCCAGAGAGCAGGAGGAGAUAAUCGACAACUGGAUGGUGGAUCCCCAGAUCCGCAGCCGGUACAACUUGCAUCGCAGCCAGAGAGAGGAGACGGUCUGCUAUCCCAGACUGCAGCUCCAAACCGGCCAGAAGGUUGUACAUUUCGGAGAGGAGGAUAUUACAUGGCAAGAUGAGCACUCUGCACCGUUCUCUUGGGAAACGAAGAGUCAGAUGGAAUUCAAUUUUGCCUCUAUUGCUGCUUCUGAACAAGGAGUUUCUGUACAAAGUGAACAACGGCAGCCUGUCAAGACAUCCCAAGGAAACCAUCAACUUAAAACAUCCCAAGGAGGGCUGCCAACCAAACCACUGCAAAAUGGAAAAACACCAAGCAUAGAUGGUCUUACACAAGUCAGAAAAGAAGAGUCAUCCUCCUUUUGGAAACUGAGUAAUGAAAGAUCCAGGCUGGAGGGCGAACAAUCUGAUUACCAGUAUGUAACCCCAAGUCAGAUUAAGUCAAUGGAGAAAGGGGAAAAGCCACUUCCUUCCUACUUAAGACAAGAAUCAUUACCUAAGGAUAAAGAUGAAAAUAAAUCCGAGAAACCUCGGGUGAAGAAGCAGGAACGAAUAAUCAACACAAACGUCUCAUCAGUUUUUAUUGACUUGGACAGACCAAGGACAAGCCAACCUUCAGUCAGUGUAUGUGAUGGUGUUUCCACUCAUGGCCAUACUGAGAAAUCUCCAGAUAAAAAGACUGUUUCAAAGGAAUCUGUAGAUGAAGAGCGAGAUGACUCUUGUGCAUCUGAUGCACCAUUAUUUUCGCAGAUUAAUACAAGUAGUUCUAUUCUAAAGACUGGAUUUGAUUUCCUGGAUAAUUGGUAAUUGCUUCCGCUUCACAAUUCUUAAUCCAAAAAACCUAUCAUUUUGGCUUACGAUUGCAAAAGUGAUACUUCCAUUUUAAGUUUGGGAGUUGAGGUGGAUGAAAAUACUGUUCCAAGCCCUCAGCAGUCAACCGUUCAAGAUGACAUCACAGAUUUGUAUAUUGUUGCACGUAGGAGUAUGUAUGAAAUGUGCAUGUGCUUUAUGUAUAUGGAAAAUAAUCCCUGAAAAAGUUGUUAUUAAAUGGAAGCCAAAUGUUAUUCAUCUUUUAAAAUGCUCCAUGAAAUUCAAAUGUACAUUCGAGCCAGGAUUCCUACUACAAACCACUUUCACGGUACCCUUCUGGAAACUAUAUUACAAGAACACCUGGAGAGGAUUGGUUGUUCCAAUCAACAUUUGAAGAACAACAAGCUUAAUCAAUGGAAAGAAAUUAAGCAUAUGAUUGUCCACUAUUAAAUAUGCAAGCCCAGAAGCUAAAGCAAUUAUGUAGCAGUCAAGUUUUUUCUUCCAAGUUGAAUCCCAGGUUGUUCAAGAUAAGUUUUUAUACUUCAGCUGUUAAGUGUGCACGUAUACCUUGUAAAUGGGGAAGAAAAAAUCCAAAUAAAACUACUUAAAUGAUUCCAAA